AUGGAUCUCGCCUACGACCACAUUCAGGAGAACGCAUACCCACAAGACAGGAAGGAGUCGAAUGAAACGCCUAAGCCAGAACAGCAAGAGUCGUCAUUAAAUAAUGAUUUUCAAGAUGCGUAUAAGGCUAUCUCGUCAAGCCCCUGGGGUAUGAAGAUUGGUGGGUUCCUUGGAAAUGUUAUGAAACAGGGCGAGACUGUCUACGCGCAGGCCCAGAAAGAGCUCGCCGAAGUGGGAGAAGACGCCACCAAAGGCUUGAGCGAUCUUCGUGAAUCAAUAUUGAAUCGAACCCGGUCGCUAUCCGUGAAUACUGCCACUGCCGUGUCAACAGACGGUGGCAAGGAAGGAGACGAUACACAAUCAACCCCGACAAAAACGAGAGCUACCGCUUCCGACGACGCCAGUGAACAAUCUGAGACUGUUUUGUCACGAAUACGCUCUGAAGCGGCUAAGCGUCUUAAAGACCUACAACAAGCUGAAGAUGCCGCUGAUGAGGCAUUGCUACGAUUCGGCGGCAGCGUUCGUGAUUUUCUGAGGGAUGCGAUUAGUGUUGCUCCACCUGACGAGUCAUCUCAAGACAGCGCGGUUCUUUUUGAAAGCAAGGAUGCGCAAGGUAAACGGGUUAUUCACACCUCUCGAUUUGAUGCUCAGAUGCAUGUUAUCCAUACAUCUGUUGAUGGCUUUGCCGAGGACCCUACCAGUGACGAGUACGAGAAGUGGACAACGGAAUUCGAUGUUGAGAAGAAGACCGAUGACAUCAGCAGCGAUCUUGCCAAGUACCCUGAACUGAGGACCACAAUGGAGAAGCUUGUGCCUGAUCAGGUUUCCUACGCCGACUUCUGGAAGCGAUACUACUUCUUGAGACACGGCAUUGAGACUGCAGAGUCGAGACGACGUGACCUGCUUCAAGCCGCCUCCGCUGAGGAUGAGGUUGGGUGGGAUGACGAUUCUGACGAGGAAGUUGGUGAAGCAGAGAAAACGUCCUCUGGUCAGAAGCCCAGUUCCGGGGCGUCAUCCACGACCAUUCAACGCCCAGAUAGUCUUGCAAAGCCCCCCGAGCCCCAGAAGUCCAAUGAUGAGAAGUCACAAGCCGACAGCGAAGCCAGCUAUGAUGUUGUCGGAGCAACCUCUGGGAAGACAAGCCAAGCUCCAAACAGCCCCAAAGACCCUAGACAGGGAGAUGAUAGUGACGAUGACUGGGAAUAA